GGGACUGAGGGGGGUGACGACAGAAGGCACGCGAGCUCACAGAUAUAUCAAGCUUGCCCCGGCGCCUGUGGCCCUCUCUUUCUUUUCGCCACAGAAAACACCAAGACAAACAGCAUACACCAGACAAGAAUCAAUUCACAAGACCAUCCAUUAGCAACCAUGAAGGGCAAGAAGGAAGACCCCAACGCGCAGCCAAGACGGGGCUCGCAACCCAAGGCGCCAACCGGGCUCAGCGACGAGACGGCCGUCGAGACUCACGACCUGAUCCACAGGGCCGAGGAGGAGGAGCAGAAGAUGCACGGCUCUCAUGCUCUGACGCAGCCCGACUCUGGACCUAGCGAGGGCCAGCAGCACCAUUCAACAAUGGAUAAGGUCAAGAAGGCAUUGCACAUGGAAAAAUAA